AUGAUUCAACAAUUUUCUCGUUUUGUCAAAUCAGGCGCUGGUCUUGAAAAGACCCUUCGUUUGAUCCAAUGCGUGUCGCAGGUCGUCGCCGCACUCACCGUGAGCAGUGCCCUGGCCAUGCAACUGACCACGGUUAAGCUGCAAUUGGCAUUGGCGCGGAGAUAUUUCCGCUUCUUUGGAUUCAUUGACUCAUUCGAGCGCAUGUUUGCGUUGCUGGGCAAGGGUGGCUUCAGUUCUGUAGCUGGAGUGCUCGAACUAGCUAAAUGCACCUGCUUUGGUCUUUACUUUGUCCUGGAAGACCUGACCACGCUUCACGCAAUGGGUGUUUACACAGUACCCUGGAAUGGCCGUAUGAUGGAUCAGGCCAAUACCUUCUGGUUCUAUGCGCUCUCUUUCUCUGUUGCUGGAGCCAUCUGGUCGCUUCUUGUCGGACCUGCGGAGCAGCCCUUUAAGAAGAAUGGUAAGAAAAAGAACCGGAAGACCUCCGAAAAGGCUCCCCCGGUCAAAGCAACUGCUGCCCCUGCUCGGGUCAAGCAGAUCGUGGUGGAUGGAUGUGAUUUGCUUAUCCCGCUGGAGCUGCUGGGGUGGAUGCCCACCGGGGACGUGGUGGUUGGAUCGACCAUGGUGUUGAGCACACUGCUGACUGCUCAAGACAUCUGGGCUCGAGUAUCCAAAAGCCAAAAAGAAAUGGACUUGCAGGGAAUCGAACCCUGGACCACUCCCAUGCUAAGGGAGUAUUAUACCACUAAACCACAAGCCCAAUUGGAUGAAAGAGACGGCCUUUUAGUGCUCUAUGACACUAAAUUGCAACAAGACGGGAAAGGGCUCUCCAUCGAAUGCCAAUGCAUCUUGCUGUAA